CUCUUUGCCAUUCACCUGACCCAUCGAUCUGUUCGUGUCCUCGAUUUUCUCAAGGCUCUAUUUGUGGCGGAAUUCGGAAUCGUGGUAUUGAACGCUCACUCGGUGACGGCUAAGGUGGACGUCCCUGAUUUUGAAAACAGCAUUUGCGAAUGCUUAUAUCUUUUUUUUCCCCGUUUAGCGCAG